AUGAAUACCUCAAAGAUUUACGACUUCAGUGUCGUAGGAGGUGGUACAUCAGGUCUCGUAGUCGCCAAUCGACUAUCCGAGAAUCCUGAAAUCCAAGUUCUCGUUCUCGAGGCUGGUGGAAAUUAUUUAGAUAAUCCACAGAUAAAUAUCCCAGCACUUUGGCCCUCUUUGCUUGGUACAGAGCUUGAUUGGGCAUUUAAAACUGUUCCCCAGGUAUUUCUCAUCACAUCUUCCCUGGAUCUGAUGGUCCUAUUCAAACGUCGUAUCCUCCAAAAAUGGAUGCUGUCGGAAAGGCAUGGAUUGACACCUUCAAUUCCUUGA